UCGAUUUAUUCAGCUGCUUACUUACUGCUUCUAUUGUUUGUAUCGCUAUUAUUUUUAUUACACUAUUAUUAUUCUAACUCGCGCCACGUAUAUGGUGGAUAAGGUUUUGAACAUAUUUUGCCUUAAACAAGAAAAGCAAAAAUGGGUGACUGCGAUAAGAAACUGGGUGAAAUACGUGCACUUAUCUUGGUUGGCGGCUACGGGACCCGUCUGAGGCCUUUAACAUUGAGUAGACCAAAGCCACUAGUCGAAUUUGCUAACAAACCUAUUCUUAUGCACCAAAUAGAGGCCCUAGUCGAAGCAGGAGUCACACAAGUCAUCCUAGCGGUGUCGUACAGAGCGGAAGAUAUGGAGAAGGAACUAACAGAACAAGUUUCCAAACUUGGUGUUUCACUUACUUUUUCACAUGAGACUGAGCCCCUGGGAACAGCGGGUCCCCUGGCUCUGGCGAGGGAGCUGCUAAGUUCGAGCCCUGAACCGUUCUUUGUGCUAAAUUCGGACGUUAUCUGCGAAUUCCCGUUUAAAGAGCUAGCAAAGUUCCAUCGUAAUCAUGGCAAGGAGGGCACAAUUCUUGUCACAAAAGUGAAGGAGCCUUCAAAGUAUGGUGUAGUAGUUUACAAGGACAAUGGACAAAUUGAGAGCUUUGUGGAGAAACCACAGGAAUUCAUUUCAAACAAAAUCAAUGCAGGCAUUUACAUAUUGAAUCCAUCUGUGUUAAAAAGGAUAGAGUUAAGACCGACAUCAAUAGAAAAAGAAGUGUUCCCGUACAUGGCACAGGAGGGACAACUAUAUGCCAUGGAGUUGGAGGGAUUCUGGAUGGACGUUGGACAACCUAAAGACUUCCUUACUGGAAUGUGUUUAUACCUGACAAGCUUACGGCAGAAGAACUCUGACAAGCUCCACGAAGGUGACGGUGUGGUUGGUAACGUGCUCAUCGACCCUACCGCCAAGAUUGGCAAGGGAUGCCGGAUAGGACCAAAUGUUACUAUCGGUCCUAAUGUGGUCAUAGAAGAUGGUGCAUGUAUAAAGCGCAGCACAAUAUUACGCGGGGCGUGCGUGAGACAGCACGCGUGGUUGGACGGCUGUAUUGUCGGUUGGAGAUCCGUCGUCGGAAGAUGGGUCAGAAUGGAGAACUGUACGGUCCUCGGAGAAGACGUCAUAGUGAAAGAUGAGUUAUACGUCAACGGAGGUCAGGUAUUACCGCACAAGUCCAUAGCCCUGUCUGUCCCAGAGCCACAGAUUAUAAUGUAAAAUUUUUUUUGAGAUUCGGAAAGCGAUUAGCCAAUUGUCAUAGAUUAAAAAAAAUAGACGAGAAUUUUACACACAGUUUACGAGGCUGUUUUGUGUCGUGAGUCGUGACUAAAGCACGCCGCCAUAUUGUAAAAUGUAAUUUAAGGCUGCUCCACACUUCUUUCCUGUCAAUGUUAAAAAUUUAGCAUGUGGCCAAAUUGUGAAUUACCGCUGGUAUAAUUUUACAACACUGCUGUUUUAUUCCAGAAACCCAUGUCAAUGUCAUAGUGAUCAAAACAUCCUAAGUUCAUUGUUCAUGAUAAUAUUGUCACAAAAUAAUAAGCUACUUGUAAAUACAUAGAUUAUUUGGGGCCUGUUCUUAGACAAUAAGUAAUUCUUGAUAAGGUUGUCCUCCUAACUUCUAAUCUCAAUAUCCUUACUAUAAAA